AUGUCUCUGCACGCACCGGCCGUGGUUAUGGACAAUGGUACCGGCUUGACCAAACUUGGUUUUGCCGGAAACGAUUCGCCGUCGUUUGUGUUCCCUACAGCGAUUGCAACGUCGGGUGGCGGCGUGUCCAAUCGCCGGUCAACCAUGCCUAACUAUGUGAUUGGUGAUGAGGCGAUUGCCAAGGCCGACGGCUCGAAUUACGCCCUGUCGUACCCUAUUCGCCACGGUAUGAUUGAGAAUUGGGACCAAAUGGAACGCUUCUGGGAAUCCAGCAUCUUCAAGUAUCUCCGUUGCGAGCCUGAGGAUCACCGCUUUCUACUCACAGAGCCUCCGCUGAACGCUCCGGAAAACCGUGAAAUGACCGCUGAAAUCAUGUUCGAAACCUUCAACUGCGCCGGCCUGUAUAUUGCCGUUCAAGCCGUGCUGGCACUGGCUGCUUCCUGGACUUCGAGCAAGGUAGUCGGCCAGCCUCUCACCGGAACCGUCAUUGACUCCGGUGACGGUGUCACUCACGUCAUUGCAGUCGCCGAAGGCUAUGUCAUUGGAUCCAGCAUCAAGCAUAUCCCCAUUGCUGGUCGUGAUAUCACCAGCUUCAUCCAGGGCAUGCUUCGCGACCGGGGCGAGGCUGAGACUUCGUUGCGCACUGCCGAGAGAAUCAAGCAGGAGUACUGCUACGUUUCGCCCAACAUUGUAAACGAAUUCAAACGCUUCGACCAGGAGCCCGAUCGGUUCAAGAAGUACGUUGCUGAGCUCGCGAACGGCCGCAGCGUGAAAGUCGACGUCGGCUACGAAAGAUUCAUGGCCCCCGAAAUCUUCUUCUCCCCUGAAAUCGCCACGUCCGAUUACCUGACUCCUCUGCCAGAAGUCGUAGACACCGUUGUUCAGGGCAGUCCCAUGGAUGUUCGUAAGGGUCUUUAUAAAAACAUCGUCCUGUCUGGCGGUUCCACAAUGUUCAAGGACUUUGGCCGGCGUCUCCAGCGUGACAUCAAAAAGUUGGUUGACGAGCGUAUUCACAAGUCGGAGCGCCUUACUGGCGGCAAGAGUUCUGGUGUCGAAGUCCAGGUCAUCAGCCAUAAGCGUCAGCGCAACGCGGUCUGGUUUGGCGGCUCACUGUUGGCCCAGACCCCAGAGUUCAAGAACUACUGCUACACCAAACAAGACUACGACGAGUACGGCCCUGGAAUCGUCCGCCAGUUCUCGCUUUUCAACGUGAACUGA